AUGUCAGCGCCCAUGUUAUCAUAUUGUGUUUCACGUACAUGCUAUAAAAAGUACGGAAUAAGACUUACAGCAAAGUACUGCUGUGGGCAUAGAAUCGUGAGAUACAGGAGUGUUGGAGGACUUCCAGUAGCAUAUAAAGAAAGCUUACGUGCAGCAGAAAAGAUACUUUCUUGCAGGAAAUCGGGAUUGACAUUGAGCUCGGUCGGCUCAUGCAGGAGAUUUCAUUGCCGCGUAGUUUCAUUUUCUAGUAUUAGCGAAAAUCAGAAUGGCAUCAAUACUACUGAAAAGACCAAACAUGGGUCGACAUAUGAUAUACCUACAUCACCAGGUCAGAAGAAAGACACAACAAGAGCUUUGCCAAGUAGCUAUAGUCCUGAGUAUGUGGAGGCAGCUUGGUAUGAUUGGUGGGUACAGCAAGGCUACUUCAGGCCAAAUGUUAAGAUGAAGCCGGGUGAGGAGAAUGAUAGAUUUGUGAUGUGUUUGCCCCCGCCAAACGUGACAGGGACUCUACACCUAGGUCACGCCCUCACCUGCUCCAUCCAGGAUGCUAUUGCUCGGUGGAACCGGAUGAGAGGUCAGUCAGUGCUAUGGAUCCCAGGAUGUGACCAUGCAGGUAUUGCCACACAAGUUGUUGUAGAAAAACGACUUGCUCGAGAGCGCAACAUUACACGUCAUGACAUUGGCCGGGAACUCUUCAUACAGGAGGUGUGGAAAUGGAAACAAGAAAAAGAGGACUCAAUCCUGGAGCAGGUGAAGAAACUUGGGUCAUCACUGGACUGGAGCCGAUCUUGUUUCACCAUGGACGAGAAACUGUCAUCUGCAGUAACUGAGGCUUUUGUUCGUCUCCAUGAUGAAGGACUUAUCUUUAGAAGUAAACGAAUGGUCAACUGGUGCUGCCACCUUAAGUCUGCCAUCUCUGACAUUGAGAUUGAGCAACUUUCACUUGAAGGCCCAACCAAAAUUAAACUGCCUGGAUAUGAAGAGGAAUUAGAGAUGGGAGUAAUCACAACCUUCAACUAUCCUGUUGUUGGAUCAGAUGAGGUCAUUGCUGUGUCCACUACCCGGCCAGAGACCAUGCUAGGUGAUACAGCCGUGGCUGUCCACCCUGAUGACCCACGCUACACGCACCUCCAUGGAGCCCAAGUUUGGAACCCCUUGAGCAACAGGAGUUUUCCUGUGGUCUGUGAUACUUAUGUAGAUCAGACCUUUGGUACAGGUGCUGUUAAAAUCACCCCUGCACAUGAUCCAAAUGAUACAGAAAUUGGUCAACGACACAAUCUCCUCAGUAUCAAUGUCAUAGAUGACGAAGGGAAGAUGGAGAAUGUUCCUGAUAAGUACCAUGGCAUGAAAAGGUUCCAUGCUCGGGCUGCUGUCAUACAGGAUCUUAAAGAUGAAGGACUCUACAAGGACACACAGCCCCACUCAAUGGUCCUGCCCUUUUGUAGUCGAUCCAAGGAUGUGAUUGAACCUCGUCUUAAGGACCAGUGGUUUCUUAACUGUAAAGAGAUGGGGGAGCAAGCCAUCAAGAGUGUUAGGACUGGCAAACUAAAGUUAAUCCCGGCAUCAGCAGAAAAGUCCUGGUAUCACUGGCUUAAUGACUGUCAAGACUGGUGCUUGUCACGUCAGAUUUGGUGGGGUCACAGAGUACCAGCUUACCUGGUCACCAUAAGUAACCAGCCCAAUACAGAGGGAGUUUGGAUCAGUGGACGAACAGAGAAAGAGGCUCGAGCCAAAGCUGCUGUUCACCUGGGAGUGUCACCUGAUUUAUUGUGUCUACACCAAGAUGAAGAUGUACUAGAUACGUGGUUCUCCUCAGCUUUGUUUCCGUUCUCCUCACUGGGCUGGCCCACAAAGACUGCUGAUUUAGAGAGAUUCUAUCCCACAAACCUCCUUGAGACAGGAAGUGACAUUAUGUUUUUCUGGGUGGCACGAAUGGUGAUGCUUGGGUAUAAACUAACUGGUCAACUACCCUUUACAGAGGUUUUACUUCAUGGAACGUUACGCGACGCUCGCGGUAGAAAGAUGAGUAAAUCUCUCGGAAAUGUGAUAGAUCCGAUGGAUGUUAUUAAUGGCAUCUCAUUAGAGGAUCUCCAACAGCAGGUAAAACAGAGUAACCUUGACCCUUCAGAGGUCACCAAGGCUCAGGAAGGUCAAGCUAAGGAUUAUCCACGUGGCAUUCAAACAUGUGGUACUGAUGGGCUGCGAUUUGGGCUCUGUUCCGUUGAUUAUAGUGCCCAGGCAGUAAACCUUGACAUGAGUUAUAUAGAGAGCAAGUAUCGAAUGUGUAACAAGAUCUGGCAGGGCUUUCGUUUCUUUACAUCCAACCUUGGACAUGACUUCACUCCAGCAGUUAAUUUUAAGUCAGAUGUGAUGGUGACCAACUUGAUGGACCAAUGGAUUCUCAGUCGACUGAGUCACAUGGUUAUAUCAUGUGAUCAGUACUUUAUGGACUAUAAACUUCAUGGUGUGACAGAGUGCCUACAGACAUUCUGGAUCAAUGAUUUCUGUGAUAUAUAUCUGGAGUCGGUGAAAUCCAUACUCAUGGAAAACAAUAGGGACUCAGAUACAGCCAGACAGGUGAUGUGUUUCUGUAUAGAUACAUUCCUGCGGGCACUCAGUCCUUUUAUGCCAUACCUUACAGAGGAACUGUACCAGCGUUUACCUACAGCAGCUGACCGUCCUGAAAGUGUGUGCAUCAGUCAAUACCCAUCAAAAAAGCAGGUAGCCUUCCAUCAGGAGAAACUAGAGGAGGCAGUGACUGUUGUCAAGUUGUUAAAGAGUGUUAUAUUAUCUGUGGGGACCCGCUACAGCAUCAAGGCCAAAACUUUACCAGUGAUGCUACAAGUGACAGAUGAAGGAUUACUACAAACACUAUCCGAAGAUUCUCUGCUGAAGACUUUGCUGGUUUUGUCGAAAGCCAAAUCUGUUGACUUCCUCUCACCUGACCAAGUUCCUCCUAAGGGCAGUCUUGUCAUGUCCCCACAUCAUCAGGUUCAGAUCUUCUUCAUGAUAAAGGACAUGAUUGACCCAAGGAAGGAAAUCACACGUCUGGAAAAUAAACUAAAUAGAAUAGAGAAGACCAUGAAAAACAAGUUAAGAAGGAAAAAAGAAGAUCACACUGACAUUAUUAAGCUACAAGAAGAAAAAGAAGUUUAUUUAAAGGAAUUAGCAGCAAUGAAAAAAUAUGAAAUGGACCAAUCAACAUAAAUGAUGACAAUGAGACACUGUACCCACGAUAGACAAGUCACUGUGAAUGAUGACAAUGAGACACUGUACCCACGAUAGACAAGUCACUGUGAAUGAUGACAAUGAGACACUGUACCCACGAUAGACAAGUCACUGUGAAUGAUGACAGUGAAAGACUGUACCCACGAUUGCCAAGUCAUUGUGAAUGAUGACAUUGAGACACUGUACCCACGAUAGACAAGUCACUGUGAAUGAUGACAAUGAGACACUGUACCCACGAUAGCCAAGUCAUUGUGAAUGAUGACAGUGAAAGACUGUACCCAUGAUAGCUCAGUCAGGAUGAAUGAUGAUAGUGACAGACUAUGUCUACCAUGGACCAGUCAGGGGGAAUGAUGACAGUGACAGACUAUGUCUACCAUGGACCAGUCAGGGUGAAUGAUGACAGUGAAAGACUGUACCCAUGAUAGCUUAGUCAGGGUGAAUGAUGAGAGUGUUUUCGGGGAGUGUUGAUCCAAUCUUUCACACAUUUGACUGGUUGGUGUACAUCUCCUGAUCUGUGAAACAUACAAAUGAAAGCCUUUUAUCUUAUAUGACAAUAUGAAAUAUAAAUCUGUUUUGUGUAACAGUAAGUAUAAAGGGACUACAUUUGUUCUGUCUCUGUUGCUAUAUAAAUGAAGUGCUCUAUCUACUGAAGCCUCUGUGACCUUGUAAGAGAUUCUACAGAUUAAUAACCUGACACCAUUAUUGUCCAAUAUUUCUUUAUGUAAUGGUUAGAAGUUGUCCUUUGUUGAAAUGUUUGUUUUGACUGACAACUGAUAUUAAACUUUAUGAUGAGAAUGUUAAUACUAUGAUAGAGUGACUAUAUCAGACGUUCCUUGGGCGACUCCCACAAUAUACAAUAUUUAAUUUCCACAAUAAACCAUCCGGACUACUUUAACCCAGUAUUUGUAUUUAUAACUUGAUGAAGACAUUACUGAUAAUAUAUAUCAUUAGUUUUUACAGAAAUAUGAUCCCAUGUAUGGUCAUAAUUUUGUAUUACAUAUUUGGUAACGCCAAAAAAAACAUGGUGUAUGAAGAAUGUAAGUGCUCCUGUUGUGA